UAUGGAUUUAAAUAAACAACAUGGAUUCAUUGAAACCAAUGAAGAUAGGUCUAGAGCAAUGUACUACAACAGGGGAAUGAAUAUGAAUGAAUCAAGACAUCACAGACAAUAUUUUAUACCGGAGAGAACAAUAGGCAAUAACAAGGCAUGUGCGUGUUCAAGCAUGCCAGGCAAUAUAAUGUGCAAUGAAUGUAGAACUAAUACAACCACUGAAGAUGGUGGUUGGGGUUCUCAACAUAUAUCAAGAUCAGAUAUAAGGAAUAUUGAUACAAAAGGUGCAAUUAAACAAAAUCCACUUUAUAUCAACUCAAGUGGCAAUAAUAAUGCAUACUGGCAACAAAAUUGUUCGACUGCUGUUCCACAAAUGGACAGAAAUAUCUUAGUUAAGCCUUCCACAACUGAUACAAAUUAUAGUUAUAAGCAACAAUAUCAACAAUCUGAUGGUAUACCUAAUCAUCAACGUGCAAAUUCGAUUAGUACUUACUGUAAGGAACGUUCCUACAACGAAUAUACACCUAAGAGUGAAGUCAAAAUAUCCUACAUGCCCUCAGCUACUUCUGCAGCAUCAAUAUAUAAUAUAGAUAAUCACAAUAACAAUACAGGUGGUGUACUUCGUUCUGGCAAAACUGAUCAACAAGUAAUUAAUCCUAGUAAUAUCCUUUCUACAAAGGAACAACAUCCAAGUCCUAAUUAUGCUCGAAAAUGUCCACAAAUAUUUUCACCUGCAGAACAAAAUUCUACACAUAUGAGUUUGUAUAUGCCAACCCCUCAAUUUAGUUCAGAUAAAUUCAUCAAUGCUCAUAAUCAAAAAUUACGCAUGGAAUCACCACAGCACGAAUAUAGAACAUUGAAUAAUACGACAGUACAAAAACACAUAAUGUCAGAAAAAACAAAAUUGUCAGAAAGUCCAGUACGUUUGUCAUCUCCAAUGACUGGUUAUACAAAUGCAAAUAAAAGCAAAUAUCCAAGUAAUGAAUUGUUGCAGCCAGUUCAGUCAAAUAUAAUGCAACAACAAACGCCUUAUAGAUCUAAUAAUGGUCAAUCAAGAAAUAUUGAUUAUUUUCCACAGAACAAUCCCAAGGUGCAUGCGCCGGAAAUGUCACCCAUCAUAGCAAAGCAAUCUCCUCAUGCUGCUUAUCAGUAUUCUAACUGUACCGUACCACCACCACCACCAACUUCACACAUAUUACCAUUAAGAGGAUCAACAAAUGAUUUAGAUUAUGUUAAAAAAGAAGAUGAUCUGUGUGACAGUCUUGGUGUACCAAAUCGAAAUUUAUAUAUAAAUCCUUAUAACACUCCACCUUCUUCUGAUAGUUGCUAUAAAGAAUCUUCAUCACCUUUUUUGUCUAUAUCUCAUUAUCGUGACGAAUCACCGCACAGUUACAAUAAAUAUAGUAAAUCAACUCAAGAAAUUGAUGUAGCAAAUAAGAUCAUAAAUGUUAAUCAAAAUACUCCACCGCUAAGUAGAACACCUAGUUUUCGAAAUCAGCAAUAUUAUUAUGAAACCUCCAGUAAAUAUGAUGGAAGUCCAUAUGGCACACCAUCUCCAGCAGUGGCUACCGUAGCAUCACCAUCAUCAAUAUUAUCUACACCACAAACUCAAACACCACAUCACAAUGAAUACACUUCACCAUCACAUCGAAUGCAGUCUUAUCAAUCAGCCGCUAUUGAAAAUCGACGACACUCCAAUCAAACGCAAGACAAUGUUCCUUCUCACAUCGAUGCAUAUGAUUUGCCAAUUUCGCAGAAGUCUAAAAUAAAUUGCCCUAAUAAUAUUCCAGCAAUACCAAAUCAAACUACCGGAAUAGUACAAACAGCCCAACAACCCAAGAAAUCUCAUGUUCCAAAACCCAACUAUAAAGAAUUAAUUAAUCAGGCUUACGCAAGGCGUAAUAUACCUGAGGAGGAACUUAAUCUACAAAUUAUAAAAAAAACUCUAAAUGUUGAUACCCAAGUUAUAAGAACUAAUGUCAAUAAUGUUCCAAGAGCAGCAGCACAAGUUGAUAGAGUUCAACAAAGUUCACCGCAUCUUGUAAAUGUAGUUAACAAUCAACCAAAUAUAUCGCCGGCACCAGAUACAUAUAGAAACGAAACGUAUCGUCCAGAUCUUUUACCACAUCAUAUGCAAUCACAAGCGAGAACACCGGUUGGACCUAUAAUUUCAAAUAUAAGACCACCAGUAAUAAAACAAGAAGAAAAAAUAUCUAAUUAUUCCCCCCUGGAUCUUUCUAUGCGUACAGUGAAAACAAAGGCUGAUUCCACUGAAUACAAAUACAAAUGUUAUUCGUCAAGUUCUCCAAGCGUUGACUGCAAAUAUGGUUUGCCAAGAGUAGAUUUUACACCUAAUUUUUCUAUGCAUGCUUCUGAUAGAAAUGUUAUUAUAAAACCAAAUGGACAUUCACGAAUGGAACAAAAUGAGUGCGUUACUUACACAUCAGCAGACUUAAGUCACAUUCCUGCCAUGACUGUGCCGCGAGGUGAACAAACUCCUUUGCCUAAAAAGCAAUAUAAUGAAAGUAAUUCACUAAUAUUUAACAACUCAACCCAAUAUAAAGCAAAUCCACGAAGUGCUGUAAUACCAAAUGAGCCGGCAUUGACUUCAAAAGCUAACUUACAGCGGAAAACCGGUUCUCUUGUAAUAAAAUCAACAACAAAUGCCGUUGUUAGUUGUGAUGUAAAUAUAUGCCAAGUACGCCCAAGUGUACUGGAAACAAAUCCUUUUGCAACUGUUAAAAGUAUAAAAAGUGAACCGAAAAUUUCGGAAAGAAAUAUGUUUGCAGUUGAUAAAUUACCACCAGAUACUAGUAUUAUGCCUUUACCAAAGACUGUAGUAACUGGUCCACCUUCGAAUCCAGGCAUACCUCCAAUAGAUAAAAAAGUUGAACCUGCAACACAAUCGAAUUAUCAUAAAGCAUGUGAACUAAAUCGCAAUUAUUUGGGAAGGAAGCGUCAUUUACAUGAAUACUCUAAUUCCAAUCUGAACUAUGUUGAACCAGUUUCUAAACAACCGCGAUAUCAAGAACCGUAUUCAAAAUUCGAAAAUAUGCGUUCUGCAGAUAUAUCUGUUAUUGCGGUUAAUGAGAAGUCUUUAGAAAACGAAAAAAGUAAAACAGCUGAAAAGUCUAUCCAGGCUGAAGUUACAAAUUACCCACUACCACCUAACCAUAUAGAUAUACCAAUUGUUAAUGAAAACAUAGUUUUUAAAGAGGAGCCUGUAACGCCAACUUCAGAUGUUGUUCCCAUACCAAUUACGCCACCAGUUCCAGUAAAAACAGAAACUAACUUUGCUGCAAGAAUUAGAACGAAAGCUGAACUUAAAGGAUUUACUUUCAAUCCACCAAUUGAAAAUACAGACUCCACACCGCCGAUAAUAUCAGUACUUCCUACUGUAAUAAAGGAAGAACCUUCUGUUCCCGUUUCAAACAUAGAGUUGCCGUCCAUAUCUGGUUUAACGGAGGAUUUUAGUGCCGGAAGUCUUUUAGAUUUUA